GGACAGAACUUUAAUAUCUCAUGCUGUGAGCCAUUUCUAGGUGGUCACGUGGACACUCUUGGAUGCCUGUCAUCACUUCGGAUUCGUUAAGGAAAGGAUGUCGUAAAGACAACGCCAUCAUCAAUCAACUGAACACAUCUCUCCAAACGUCUGGUUCUCAGGCUAUCAAAGUUCACUCCCCUUGAAUCUUUAACAUACAAACUGUCUAUUAACAAGUGACAUCCAUUUCAGAACAUUUACAUCUACGGACAUGCACUAUUUGUAGCAUUUAUGUUUGCAUUUUGGAAUGGCAAUAUAUGCAUUUUCAUUAAAUAAAACACCAUCUCUGUCAUAUUGAGAACGGAUUACAGCAAGUAGGCCCUACUGGUAUAUGUCUGUCAACUAUAUGCAAUGCAUUUGUUCGAUUGUUUUCUGUAACCGGAGAUGAUGUGAACGAUACCUCUGAAUAUGGAAUCUUCAGAAAAGAGUUUGCUUUCAAUAUUUUGCGAGGAGUUAAAGUGCGCUCUCUGUCUAGAUCUGCUUAAAAAUCCGCGAUUGCUCAUUUGUAUCCACAGUUUCUGUGAGGAUUGCCUAGAGACAUAUUACAAGAAAGAAAACCAUAGCGUUGGAAAGAUCGCAUGUCCGGUCUGUGACGAAGACACCGUUUUAUCCGAUGCGGGAAUAUCCGGACUGAGGCGUGAUUUUCGCGCCAUCGGUCUGAUGGAAAGAAUGGCGAAAGAUAAAAAAAAGAUGCAGCAGCAGAAGGCGAGGGAAAGACUAAAGCUAUGUGAGGUUUGCGGUCAUAUAGAUCAAGCAACAACGUCCUUCUACAUGUGCCCAGAAUGCAAGUUAGCUUUGUGCAAAGAGUGUGGGACGGCGCACAAGCAUCCUGUGUGUUUUAGUACGCAUCAUGUACAUGGCGACGGGUUAGAACUGCAAGAUGCCGAUGAUCAAGAUAAGAUGAUCUUCUGCGAGAAACAUGAAGGAAAGAAGAAAGAGCUGUUUUGCAAGUUAUGUCUCGUACCGGUCUGUGAUCUUUGUUCUAUCAUAUACCAUCCUGUACAGCAGAACCAUGAUUGUAUCAAGGUUGAAGAUUUUGUCCCUGUGAUGCGUAAAGAAAUACAGUUACGAUUGUCUAGACUGACUGAAGCACACAAAACAUGUGGGACCACCAUUUCUUUGAUUAGGAACGCAGAAAAAACUGCCGAGGCACAGAAAGAUGUCCUUGAUAGUGCAAUUCAUCUUGGCAUGGAAAAAUCUGAAAUGAAUUUGAAAACUAGGAAUAAAGCCUAUUUGAACUUACGGAAUCAAACUUUUAGUCAGUGGACAGAGAUAAUCGAAGAAAGGGCUGAAAACAUAGAAAAAAUUCGGUUGAAAGCAAAAAGAACACUUGAGGAAAAUAUAAAGUUCGCUUCAAUCGCUUCCAUGCACAACGACCUUCUGGCAUCCUGUGAUAGCAUUCUCUCUCAGAAUCCAGAUAAAUUUAUCUGCAGAGAGAUAAAGAAAAUCAUUGGAGAAAAACUGCUCCAUUUCAGAUUGACAGACAGAGGGCCUUCAUUCGAACCUUUGCUCACGAUCCAUGAAAUAUUUGACAAAAAAAAUAUAUCCGUAUCAGAUGUUAGCAGAAUGUUGGCCGUAACAUUUACCUAUGAUAAUAGAAUAGCCAUUUUGUGUUACUUUACUGGACCUUCUACAUUAGCAACUAAAACGGACUACUUUUACCAGAGUCAUAGUCAGAGUUACUAUAAAGCUUCAAAUAUUCUGUAUGAAAUGACGAAUUAUUACGCCAUACAACAAACUACGGCAUCCCCACGAGUGGCGACUAAAUUCGGAAUAGAAACAAGACUCAAGGAGAAAUUCCAUUUAAGUAGCGCUAAAUGGAGCUUUGCAUCACUAUCAGACCUAAGAUUUGUAUUAGGCGAUGGCAAACUGGAUGGAGACGUAUACCGCAUCACAAAUUUACCAGGCCCCACUUCAGACAUCGCCACUGACCUCAAAGACAACAUUUACUGCAGUGUUCCAAGUUGCAAACAAAUUUGCGUAGUUCGUAGCGAUGGGCCUCAUUUAAAAGCGAUUCCUACUGGGAACCUAACACCAGAUCAGAUUGCAGUAUGUCCUCAUAGUCCGAAUCAGGUCAUAUUCACCCACGACUCUUCAAAAGUGUCAGUUGUCGACUUGAGUGGGAAGCUUCUGAGAACCAUCACCCGUCCGGAAUGGAAAGAAGUAGCUAUCGGAUGCGACAACGACAGUAUACUCUACGUCCUGUGGAAGAACAAAGCAGGGUUGAGGACUCUACAGAGGUUCUAUUUGAAUGGAGACCCGUUCAUGGGUGCUAUCUUUCAAGAAGAGAAACAUGUCUGUACACGACUUCUUCUGGCAGUAUCCCCAGCAGGAGACGUAGCUGUUGUUACCAGUAACCGCAAUGUUGCGCUGAUUACGACUAAGCGUGAAUUCACUGGCGAAGAAACUACCUUGCCAACUGAUUGAAACACCAACCAAUGGCCGAAAACUGGGUGGCAUAUUUUAUGUUAACUCUAAUGAUGGUUUGUUAACUCUUAAUCAUCCCUGUUCAAUUAAUCUUUUCGCCUAGCCUAGUAUGCAGCUUGCUCUUAGACUUGCAUGCCUUUCACUUUGAGUUCCCGGACAUGCACAGCUAUAGUCUUUUAUGAUGAAUUCCAUAAUCCUACGGAGGUUCUUAGAGUAGCGCUCCUUGAAACAGGUCUGACUAUGCCUCAUUAAGGCGGCACUUGUCCCAACCAUCCCAUGGAGUAUACAGGAAAAUAGGGUUGUGGAGAGGAGGCUGAUCCAAGUCUGUUUAGUAGGCCUACGUAAUAGGUAAUAUCUUGGCAAUGUUGUUGUGGUGGCAUGAACUGUCCAUGAUAUGCCCAAGGACGGUUGUGUCUCUGGCCAGUGGCGUACCG